UGUACUUCUCUUUCUAGUGGUUAUAAGUCCGAUUAUUCGAUCUUACGAAGAAUGCAACUUCCCUUUGCUUGAAAAUGCUCACUUAUCAGCCACCACAUCAUUAUCUGAACGUGGACCGAACAAUGCUAGACUCAAUGGUGGAUGCUAGGAACUAACCGAGUUUACCUGAGUGAUCAACGUACAAAGCAAAUCUGCAUUUUUUGAUCCAACAACGCAAAAAGAUUGUUUAAAUUAAAAAUGGUUAGCGUUAGAUGGGCUUUCAAUUGGGCGAAUUGGCACCCAACGGAGAAAGAAUUUAUGCGUUUAAUGUCGUACAUUCAAGUCGAUGAAAAAGAAAGACUCGGGAAAUUUGUAUUUAGAAAAGACGUUAAAGCAUCCCUAAUAGGUAGAUUAAUGAUAAGAAAAUUUGUCAGUGAAUAUGCUUGCGUUCCAUACAAUGAAGUUGUUUUCACAAGAGACGAUCAUAAUAAACCUAUUUAUGAAAAUGCAAACAAAUCACUGGCAUUUAACGUCUCCCAUCAGGGAAACUUUACGGUACUUGCCGGUGAGACUAGAAAUGUAAAAUUAGGCACUGAUGUUAUGAAACUGGAGUACACAGGUGGAAAGCGAUUAUCGGAAUUCUUUCGAUUGAUGGAUAAAAAUUUCUCAUCGAUAGAAUGGGCGGAAAUUAAAGGCGGUGCUUCAGAGUCUGCGCAAAUUGCAAUGUUUUGCAGACAUUGGGCAUUGAAGGAAAGUUAUGUUAAAGCACUGGGAGUCGGUAUUGUAAUUGAUCUCCGAAAAAUCGAAUUCAGAACUAUCAGUAAAUUGAGUGAAGAUAAUGUAGUGACGGAUACGAGUUUAUAUUUAAAUAAUGUUAAGCAAAAUUGGAUCUUUGAGGAAUCUUUAUUAAAUUCUGAACAUUGCGUUGCUGUAGCUACUGAAAACAGUAAUUUAGUUGAUAGUUCGAAAACUUUAUUAUUUGGAGAACUCACUGUGGAGAAAUUAGUAGAAAACGCUAUUCCUCUUAUAGAAGAAGAUCCUGAAUAUUGUUCCCAAUACUUUGCUAAAAGCGAGAGGCCAUAAAUUUGCAAUUAUGAAUAUUUUUCUAUGAUGUACUGUAUUUUGAAAUGGAUACUGGAAAUAAAAACUAUUAAAGUCUA